CCCCACAAUUCUGUGCGACCGUUGCAUCGAUUGAAAAUGGCGGCGAUUAAUGGAUGGAUGUGCGCUUGAGUCGGCUUCAAAUCAGUUUCCAGUGGCUUCUGGUGUGACAGCGCUCCCUUUUCCUGUCCUGGCCUGCACAUGUGUAGGAGCACACCUGGCCCAUGGACCUGUCCGUAGCAUCGGGCUUCAAACCGAAGCCGGCUUUCCUGCCUGGUGAAGUGGCUGAACUCCCUGACAGAAGCCCGCCAGCCAAACCCCAGGCUGGGGGUCCACUUUCCCCUGGCCCUGGCCAGCCCUCCCCGUCUGCUGCUGCCUCUGUGGACUCCACCUUUCCCUCUGACCAUGUUAGCGAACUGGACGGAACUGCCAUUUCUUCAACAUCUCCUCCAUCGUCUCCUCUGCCCAAAGACUCUAAACAACCAAGAGAAAUGUACGAUCCAUUUUCUCCAACUGAUGCAGAGAAAGAGGAGAGAGCUGGGUAUGAAGAGGAGGUAGCUGAGAAGUAUGACCCUUUUGAGCCAACCGGUUCUCCUGCAUCAGACCAUGAUAUGAGCAAUGAGUAUUUGAAGAACCAGGUAGAAGAACAAGUACAAAACAAUGAGCCUACCAAAAUGGAAGAAAGCAUGGAAGAACCACCUGAUUCCACAGACACACUGGUUGAUUCUCCCAAGCACUCCCCCGGUCUGCUGUCUCUGCGACGCACAGUGGACUGCAGCACCAUCAAAGAGGAGCACACAGACUCGGAGCACUCGGAGAUAGAGGAGGGGGAGAUAGUGGGACUGGCCGACCGGGAGGCAGGGCUCAAACGGCCAAUCAUGGAAAGCCUCUCAGUCAACUCUCCAAGUGCCACCUUUUUUGGUACGAAGCCCGAGCGGAUCCUGCGAGUCCUGGACGGGGACGGGUUCGUGUCGGUGCGGGCUGACCCGGACUGGCCUGUGAACAGGGAGCCUGAGGAGGAGCUGGUGGUAGGGGUGGAAGAUCUAAGGAGGAAGUUGGUGAGCAGGCGCAAGGAGAGGUACAUCACAUUUCCAGGAUCCUCCAUCACUCUCACCACCGAAACAACCCCACCCUCGGGACACCUACACAGUCCGCCGCCAACCCCACCACCAGCCCCGCUCGAUGAGGAGGAUGGCAAGAUGCACAAGUCCUGCAAGAGUACCAACGACCGAGACAGGCAGAAGAGCAAGGAUAGAAAGAGCGGAGCGAAGGAAGAGAAGAGAAAAAAGAGGAGGAAGGAGAAACGUAGUCAGCACAAGAGCAAAGAUGCAGCGAAGGAUGAUCUGAAAAGCGCCAAGGAGACAAAGUCCAAGAGUUCGAGUCACAGCCGAAGCUCGAAGAGGAAGAAGCGGCAGCAUGGAAUCCUGGACGCCAUAGGAGUAGAACGCACUUCCAGGAUAUCACCGGAGCGCUCCCGAGACAGGCCAGUGGACACGAGCAGACAUGGGGACAGAGACAGGGACAGAGAUCGCAGCCGGGACAAGAACCGGGAACUAGACCAGAGUCGAGACCGCAACAGUGAGCGCAGCCGGGACAGACAUCGAGAGCGCAGCAGAGAGAGGACGCGAGGAGACAGAGAGAGGAGCAGGGAGAGAGGAGACAAUGAGAGGAGCAGGGAGAGAGGAGAGAAGGAGAGGAGCAGAGACAGAGACAGAUACUGGGACAGACACAGGGACCGCGACAGAGACCACAGAGACCGCCGAAGCCAAAGAACUGACGAGGGCGAUUCCAGGGGCGGGAGGAAGAGAGUGCAUGACUCCAGAAGCCGAGAGCGAGACAGUUCAAAGAGGUCCAGAAGGAACUCGGAGAAGAACGAUGGAGACCGUGAGAGAAAUCGGGACAGAGACAGAGAGAGGGACAGAGAGAGGAGACGGGACGGGCGCCCUGUGGUACCCCCGUCUAUCCAGGAUCUCAACGGCUCCGACCUGUUCGCCAUAAAGAGGACAAUUACCGUCACCACUACCACCACGACCACCACUGUUCCAGGCUCCCCACGGCUGGCCCCCGAUUCCCCCAACAGGUCGCCCCUGGACAUGGACAAGUCUCACCGGAAAAAGAAGCGGAAAGGACGCUCGAGUCCCGGCGACAGAGUACGCCCCAGCCACUCACUCUCGCCCCAGCGCUACCACAACUAUGAGUCUGAUCGUUAUUCGGAUAAGCUGGACAUCGAUGUGCUGUCCUUGGAUGGAGAGGCGUUAGACUCAGACUACCCCUCCUUAGAAGACACGCCUCCACCAGCUCCACCCCCACCUUUACCCAGUCCCAAAGCCAAACCCAUGUCCAAGACUGGUCAACUGAAAAGGAAGUCAUUGAAGAAGAACUCAGAAUCCUCCAGAACCAAAAGUAAAACACUCACGGGGUCUGCAGAGUCAGAUAUUACAGCAGUUUCGUCUGGGCUCCCUGUGGUUAAGCGAACGCGCAAGGUAAAGGACAAAACUCGCGACAAGGGCAGUCGCAAAGAGUUGGGCCGCUCUGGAAAGUCGAAGAAGGAUGGCACCACUAGCCGGAAAGGCAAGCUGCAGUCCAAGGUGUCUGUGCUUGUGCGUGAGGGCGUCAGCAGCACCACAGGCUCCUCAGGGAAGCUGGGUAUGGACCUGUUAGGGAGUGGAGGGCCUGGAGGAGGAGCAGGCGGUUCGGUGGUGGGUGGCUCCAUCGCAGUUGUAUUUUGCAGAGACAAUGAGAGCAGAUCUCCGUUCCUAAAGCCUUGCUCAGAGCCGCUCUCACUGGGAGGGCGAGGCAAAGAUCUGAGCUCCAUAGGGAAGCGCAGUAGCCUGGCUGCACCACCAUCCUCCAUGAACAGUCCAGCAACUCUUCCAUCCCAGAAGGCUAAGCCUGGCUCCAUCACCUCCACCUCCUCGUCAGCCUCGUCACCCUCUUCAUCUCUGGUGACAAAGCGGCGGCGGCGCCUGGUGAAAAAGACAAGAGAGAAGGGCGGGGCUGGUGGUUCCAAAGCUGAGGAGGGCACUCAGGGUGCAGCCAGUGCCUGGGUAGGAGCCUCCACAGAGCCUCCAGCCACGUCCGGAGAGGUGUGCAAGGCUGCCAGCCCUCACCCAGGCCCUGCUGGUUCUGUACCCUGCUCCUCCUCCUCUUCCUCCUCCUCCACAAGUGUGCUUCCUCCCUCCUCCUCACCCCCUCCCUCUCCUCCCCCCUCAGCAGCUCCGAUGCGGGACAUGAGGGAGUCCUCUCCAGACUCUCAGACUGUGGAUAGCAGCUGUAAAACUCCAGAGCCAUCGUUUUUGGUAGAGGAGUGCCCCUCUCAAACCAGUCCCACUACACCACGCUCAUCCAGUCCCUCCAUCAUGCCUACGUCCCUGGGCACCGGUCUGAGCCUAACCCCCACAGACCCCCCGAAGCCCUGCAGCCCUCCCCCCUGCCCCUCCUCCUCUGCUGUCUGUGGCCUAUCUUCUCUGUCCUUGGACCCCUCUUCCUCCUCUGUGUCCUCCUCAUCAACCAACAAGCCCCCACCACCUCCACCUCCCCCCACUGCUCCUGCUCUGCCUUGGAGCCUGCAGACUGGUGUGGACUGCACUGCCGGAGGCGUGCUCGCAUUGACUGCCUUGCUUUUCAAAAUGGAGGAAGCUAAUAUUGCCAGUAGGGCCAAAGCACAAGAGUUCAUCCAAGCUACUAGUCAGAUUUUGUCCCAGGCCAAUCAGAGCCAGCCUACCCCCACUGCCUCGUCACAAGUCCCACCCUCGCUCCCGCCACCGUCUCGCGUUAGCCCUGGGCAGUUCAUCCUGCACAACUCCUCCCAUCUGCACCCAUGCGCUCAAACUCCGCCCCCAGUCGGGCUCUCGGGGCUCAGCAGUAGCAUUGGGGAUUCUGGCUGGGACAAUGACAACAAAGACCCUGACAAGUACCUGAAGAAGCUACACACGCAGGAGAGAGCAGUGGAGGAGGUGAAGCUGGCCAUCAAACCAUACUAUCAACGCAAAGACAUCAACAAAGACGAGUACAAAGACAUCCUCCGCAAAGCAGUUCACAAGAUUUGUCACAGCCGCACUGGAGAGAUAAACCCAGUCAAAGUGAGCAACCUGGUAAAGCUGUAUGUGCAGAGAUACAAGUACUUCAGAAAGCAUGGACGCAAAAUGGAUGGGGAUGACCGAGAGGACCGGGAACCUGGGGGUCUGCACUCCUCUGCCUGAGACUGACCCAGCCUGGGAGGGCUGCCCUCCUCUGAAGGGCUGACCCAGCCUGGGGUUGCCUGUCCUCCUCUGAGGGGCUGACACUCUUAGAGGGCUAUGCUCCUCUGCCUUGUAGUGCAUUGGCUCUCAUAGACAUGCUUUUAUCUUACCUUUUAGAAGUCUCCGUCUUGUUGCUGUGAUCUGACUGUAAAUGUUUCACACAGAUACACAUUUUGGAGAGUGGAGGCAGUAAACCUGUGUGUACUGAGACAAACUGUGCAAUAAAUGGCCUUUGUGAUGUA